AUGAAGUUGAUAGAGCUAUUUUCUGAAGAAAUUGUCAGAGUUUGGAGUGAAUGGGAAGUUCGAGUGGUGAUUCUGCUUAGCCUUCUUUUACAAAUGAUCCUCAUCAUGUUUGCUUGUCAGAGAAAAUGCAGAACAACAAGUUGGAUAAAGAUCAUUAUUUGGUCAGCAUAUAUGGCAGCAGAUUGGGUGGCAACUGUUGCCUUGGGCAACCUGGCUAAAAUCCAAGCAAAUCGUGAAAAGAAACGAUUCAAUAUUGGACUCCAGACAUUUUGGGCACCUUUUCUUCUCUUGCACCUUGGUGGUCCUGAUACUAUUACGGCUUACUCUUUAGAAGACAAUGAGUUGUGGACAAGGCACUUUCUCGGGCUUCUUGUUGAAGUUGGAGUGGCGAUUUAUGUCUUCAUUCGAUCUUUCAACAAUACAGCCCUUACAUAUGUAUCCAUUCCCAUAUUUGUUGCUGGAAUCAUCAAGUAUGGAGAAAGGACUUAUGCCCUCAGGUCCGCAAGCAACAAGCAGUUUAAAGAGGACUUGAUCUCUACAAAUCCAAUUGUGGAAAAUGCUAUGAGAAUAGCAAUGGGAACCAAAGAAGAAGAUUUUUUUGAGAUGGAACUGAUGGAGGAACCGAAAGAAAUUUCGUAUGAAAAAACUUUGAGCCGAAAGCCGGAGUUAUCUAAUAAUAUUGAAGAAGCUUAUUUUUUGUUCAAGAGGUUUCAGUAUCUCUUUGCGAACAUGAUUCUGCCCUUCAAUGACCGCAUAGAGUGCUACAACAUCAUUCAGAAGCAAAAGGAGUCAGACAAUCCAGAGGCAUAUAAAGAGGCCUUUAAACUGGUAGAAAUUGAGCUCGGAUUUAUGUAUGAUGUGCUUUACACCAAGACCAAAGUAACUCAUACUAGGAAGGGAUUUCUUCUUCGUCUCAUCAGCUUCUCUUGCACUGUUUCUGCACUAAUUGUCUUCUCAGUUGUCAUUGAUACCAAUGUCUAUCAUCUAAGCGACAUCUUCAUUACUCUCUUACUUCUUGUCGGGGCAGUGUUUCUAGAGGUUUACGCAUUUCUCGUAUUUCUUUUCUCUGACUGGACAAGAAUAUCUUCGUUCAAGGAACAAAUAUCAAAGAUUGAUUCUUUUCUUAAAUCAUAUUUGACCAACAAAAAGAUGCAUUCUUUUUUUGAAUCACUUUUCACCAAAAAGAGGUGGUCUGCAUCUGUAGGACAAUACAACUUAAUAAAAGUUUGCAUUGCUGAGAAAAAAGCUGGCAAGUUCAUUAAAGGUGUUCGGAAGUUGCCUUAUAUCACUAAAUGGAUAGAGGAGUGCUAUUACUUGUCUCGGAAAGAAGUAGAUAAUGAUAUGCAAGAAAUGAUUUUCAAGCAGCUGAACUAUAAAGCUGAAAAAAUCAAAGACAACUAUACAACGAAGUCAUGUAAAGAUUUGCUGGCUCAGAGAGGUGAUCACGUGAGUGAAGAGUAUUGUGAAAAGCUUAAAGAAUUCAGCUGGAGCACUAUUGAUGUAGAUUUUGACCACAGCCUUCUGGUAUGGCAUAUUGCUACUGAUAUUUGUUACCAAGAAGAUUCUAAGAAAGACAAAGAUGGUUUUUGCAAAAUUAGCAAACUGUUAUCAGAUUAUAUGUUGUAUCUUCUUUUUCUAUGUCCAUCUAUGCUACCGAAAGGGAUUGGUGAGAUAAGGUAUAGAGAUACAUGUGAGCACGUGAAGAAAUUUUUAGAAAAAAUACUCAAUAGUACUGGAGACAUUUGUGUUCAAAAAGUUUGCCAAGAGAUGAACAAAAUUACGAUCAGCAAAAGGCAUAUAACUCAAUCCAUACUAUCUGACGGAUGUAAGCUAGCGAAACAACUGCGACGAGAAUCAAAUGCUAACAGUUGUGGAAAUAAAUGGGAGAUGAUAAGUGGAGUGUGGAUUGAAAUGUUAACUUAUGCUGCAAGUCAUUGUGGAUGGAAAGAGCACGGUCAACAGCUGUGGAAAGGCGGUGAGUUGCUCACUCAUGUUUCUCUUCUUAUGGCCCAUCUUGGUUUAAGUGAACAAUUCAAUGAAAAGGAGGAAUUCCUCCUCGUGUAA